GCUAGUCCACCCACUAAAUAAAGCUUCUACAUUCACAUUUUUCGUAAAAAUCAAAUCACAUUAUCACUUUAGAUGGUGUUGUGAGCCCCUAAUUUAUCAACCUGAGAGUGGUAUUGAAGUAUUCUUCUGAAUUGAACGACUUCCCAUGUAAAAUAACACUGCUGCUUUGUUUAACACGGUACUGCCCAAUUAGACCAUAUUCCCAUAAGACUUUAUUCGUAUUUAUAUAUUGGUAGGAAUAAAGUGCUUACGGGAAAACUAUGUUUUUUAUACAACAGAGCCUAGUACGACGAUCUUUUCAGCUGUUCCAACCUACACGAGCAUAUACAAUCCGUUACUUUGGAAGAGUCCUUCGCCCGUAUCAACAAGAAUGCAUUGACUCAUGUAUGAGGGCAUUUCAAGCAGGGAAGAAAAGGGUUGGCAUAUCUCUGGCUACAGGAUCCGGCAAAACUGCUCUUUUUCCUCAUCUUAUUCAAAAUACACCGGAAUUGAGAGCUAAUGCAAAUCAAUGUCUAAUCCUUGUACAUCGACGAGAACUUGCUCAGCAAGCCUAUGCCAUCUGUUUAGAAAAUUUUAGGAAGGAAAGCGUCGAGAUUGACAUGGGCACACAGCAUGCUACUGGCAAUGCUCCCAUUACUGUGGCAUCCCCCAUGUCACUAAAGGGAGAUCGGCUAGAGAAAUAUAAUCCUGAAAAUUUCAAGCUAAUUAUUGUUGAUGAAGUUCAUCAUUUGGCAGCUCCCACCUACCUUCGAGUCUUGAAACAUUUCGGGGCGGACGAAACAAAUUCAAAAGUCUAUUUAAUUGGUCUCACUGCAACAUUUUAUCGUGCGGAUGGAAAAUCACUUAGCCCAGGCGUUGACGAGAUUGUAUAUCAUAGACAUUUUGUUGAUAUGAUAGGUGAAAACUGGCUAGUUCAACCAAAAGUGAUUGGUGUAGAAUGGUCACCAAAUUUAAAUCUGGCAGAAUCAACAGAUCGUGAAGAUCGAGAAAAGUUUGAACGUGAAGUUCAAUCAAAAACUGCCAUUUUCCAAAUCCCUCAGGCAUGGAUAGAACAUGCUAAAAAUCGUUCUUCGACACUUGUCUUUUGUACUACAAUAGAACACUCACUCAAAGUCUGUAAUGCUUUUCGAAAAUUAGGGAUUGAUGCUAGGGUUUUAUCCGGUCGUACCAAUCCUGAUGAAAGGAAAUUAUUGGUACAAGAGUUCCGAGAGAAAAGGUUUCCAGUACUUGUAAAUUGCAUGGUAUUGACCGAAGGUGCUGACAUUCCUAAUAUUGAUUGUCUUAUUAUUGCUCGACCAACUAAUUCUCCUAAUUUAUUGACACAGAUGAUUGGAAGAGGUUUACGUCUAUCGCCUGGUAAAGAAGAUUGCUUGAUCAUAGAUUUUUGCGAUUCUUUCCAUCGAGUCCCUCUUCAUAUGCAACCCACGCUUUCUGGUAUAAUUGAAUUUGAGACAUCUCCUUACUCCAGGGAGACAAAGGAGACCAACUCAGAAGAUAUCAACUAUGAUCCUGGGACAGUUGGUCUUCAUAGCACGCUUCAUUAUAGAAAGGUUCGACAACUUUCCGAGCUUUUAAAGGAUAUGGAAAAAAACGAUAACAAUAUAUAUGCUAUUUCACCGAAUGCAUGGGUACCUUUGAAAUUGAACCGCUAUGCAUUGUCCACAAAAUCAGGAACACUUAUCGUUGAUACCGACAUUGAAUCAGGAAAGUUUAAUAUAAUUGCUUACGAGAAGCAAAUAAUAGGUCAACAUACCUACAACAGAAAAAAAGUAGUAGGAACCAAUAUCAGUAACAUUAUGAUGGCAAUCCGAGGAGCUGACAGCUAUGUUGAAAAAUACAAGUUGCCGUCCGCUUUUAUUCUAAGAAAUGCCUCUUGGAGGAAAAAGCCUGCUUAUGAUUCCCAGAAAGAAAUAUUAAGGAAUAAGAAGGUUCCUUUCGACGAAGAAACUUUGAAAGCUGGUACUGCUGCUGAUAUGAUUACUAGACUAAUUCAUGGAAAGAAGACUAUGAAACGGAAGGAUCAGUUGCAAAACUAUCUGUCAAAUCCAGGCCAGAUUGGACGCUUGAAAGAGUUUAAGGCAUAUGUUCGGAAAUCAUAAACAAGUUAUUAUUUUGAGUUCAUUAGAAGACUUUGCGAUUUAUAAUUAUUUAUUUACAAAUGACUAGGAUGACCGAUUAUACAGACAUUAUUUCUAUUUAUAGUUUAACCUUCUUUGUUUUCUAGAUCGAGUUUUAAUAAAGAUGCCAAUUUUUGC